AUGGACGGAAAUCACACGGCGACCAGCGACCUAUGCGAAUCAUGCAAAACAAUCCCCUCUCUCCGAGAGCUGAGUAACUGCUACCACCCUCUCCACGACACCUUCCAAGAAUUCCAACAAUGUCGCUGCCCUUUUUGUCGUUGGCUAUACACAUAUAUAGACUCAAAACCGCAAUUUCGCGUGGCCUUCAAAACGAUCGCGGAGGAGAAUGCUGCGGUUGAGUUGUUCGGAAAUUUGAGUUUCCCCAAGGAGACUGAAUCGUUACAGUCGCUUACGUUGGUUUCUGGGUCGAAGGAUUUUAUGUUAUAUUUAUUUGUGCGUCAUGAUAAUCCAGCUGCGGAGUAUGUAUGGGGAAGACUCAUUGAUAUCGACCCAUCUGCUGAUGAGGCGGUCUCCCUUAUCAAAACCUGGCUAUCAACCUGCGAAAGCAAUCACCCCGAAUGCGGCAUGAUAGGGAAAGAUAUCGCACUACCUACCUACCUCAUUGACCUGGGGGAAAACAGCCCCGGACAAGAACACCCGCCUAAACUAUGUUUGAUUCAGACAAGCCCAACCCAGCAAGACCGAAGAUACAUUGCUCUAAGCUACGUCUGGGGCGUAGCAAGUCAACCACUCAUGCUAACGAAGAAUACAAAAUCCGCGUUGAUGGAAGAUAUUCCAGAGGCGAAACUACCUCAAACGCACCGUGACGCUAUCCGAGUAGCCCGCUGGCUGAACGUGCGAUAUCUCUGGAUCGAUGCUCUAUGCAUUAUCCAAGAUGACGACAAAGCGAACAAGAUGAAAGAAAUCGGACGCAUGCAUCUUACCUUUGGUAACUCCUUUCUUACCGUGCAGGCUAGUCGGGCCGCUUCUGUUCAUGACGGGUUUCUGAGUCCUCGUACCGAUAGUGAAGAAGUACAAGAGCUUCCAUAUCCAUCUAUCGCAGCUGCUGGUGGAAGCCGCGUAUUCGUGCGCACAAAAAUUGCGUUCCUCUCCGACGGUCCCACAGGGGCUCGAGCAUGGUGCUACGAAGAAAGCAUCCUCCCGCUACGCAUCCUAAGCUAUACCAAAGAACGAAUCAGAUUUAGAUGCAUGAAACAUACAUGUGACGACUACGGACGAAUAUCAAAGUCAACUAUAAAGACUCCUCAUGUAUUUCUAAAUCCCCCGCCAUGGUAUAAAGGAACGAGCGCACCGAAAUCCGCCUGGCUUCCCGACCCAACUCUGGACCUGCUGAAAGCCUGGUACUCGAUUCUAGACCUCCAUUAUACGCCUCGACUCCUCACGAAGCCAGGCGAUAGACUCGUUGCGAUUGGCGGUCUUGUGCGCAGGUUCAGGGACCGGAUGCCCGGUGCUUAUAUCGCGGGGUUGUGGCAAGUAGACCUACCAUGGGGUUUAUUAUGGGAAUGUCGGCGCGGAAAGUCAAGUGGGUUUUUGGGUGAAGAGAUUAUCAAUGCAUCCGGGCAAACAAAUACCUUCAUGCUUGCCAUGACGAGGCCUGAUUAUCAUCAGAAGCGGGCGCCAUCAUGGUCAUGGGCGGCUCUGAAUGGGGCCGUUUCUCAUCGGGGUGUGGGCUUUAGGUAUCACUCCAAGGGAGAGCUCAUUGGAACUAAAAGGAGGAUAAUAGCGAGGAUUGAUGAAGUUCCGUGUCCACUUGCUAAUGGUAGUGCUGGAAGAAGUGGACUGGGAGAAUUUGAAGGGAAUGGGGCUCUGUAUAUCACUGCACCACUCUUUUUAAUGGAUGUGGUAUACAAGACCAACGAGCCCGAGCGAUGGGAUAACAUGUACGAGCGAGCCCUAGCCGCAUUCCAAAGAAACGACGUGGGGAUUGGAAAACGGCCUCUGACGAUCUUGCUAUCUCCACAAAUCGAUAAUGGCGAGACGGCUUGGGAUAACCUGCCACUGGGGCAUUUGCAACUGGACCUCGAUGAAGAUGAGUACAAGCCCAGCAAAGUGUGGUGUCUGUUGCUUGUAGAUGGAGUGGGACUCGUUUUGGAUACUAUCGAUGAAGAGAAGGUCUUUGUGCGUACGGGGACAUUUCAUACUACAACGGGUAUUUGGCUCGAUUCGCUGAAUAAUAUUCCGCCCACAACUGUCUGUAUCCUUUAA